CAGCGGAGGGAGCAGCCGGCAGUAGCCCAGGCCCGGGGCCGGGGUGGGGUGGGAGGGGGGCGGAGGGGAGGAUCAGAAGGGGGCGGCGGGAACAGAGGGACCCCCGGACCCUGCUGCCGUCAGCGACCCAGCGCCUGGCACCAGGGACCUUCGGAGCCAGCAGAAGGAUCGGCCACGGGGGAGGUGUCCUCCCGGGGAGGCCAUGGACAGUUUACCUGCCCCACAUCAGGAGUAGCUUUGGUGCUGCCGCCCCUCUACCCCCUCACCUUCGGCCCCAUCACCUCUUCAGGCGCUGCACCCCACCUCCAGCUCUCACCGCCUCCCCAACUUCCAGGUCCCCGCUCCCCAUUAACCUUCCAAACGCUUGGCCGCACUAACCCCACCACCACCACCCAACCCGGGAUAUUUGAAAAUCUCCGGGAGGGGGCCCUUUGAUAACGCGAUGCCCCCUGGUGGCAUGGCCGUGCCUGCCCACACCCCUGACCCUUAGCCCUCAACUCCCGAGGUCUUCUUUGUGUAGAGAACUGCCCCCCCCUACCCGACACUGGGAUUGGGGGCCACAGGGAACGCCAGCCCCCCCGCUGGGCUCCCCUGCCCACUGCCACUUGCCUCCUUGCUGGGCAGCCCCCGUGGCCUUCAGGCCUCUCCCUGCACCCCGGCCCCUCCUCCUGAGCCGCCCCAAUGAAGGAGCCAGAUGCCAUCAAGCUGUUUGUGGGGCAGAUCCCGCGGCACCUGGAGGAAAAGGACCUGAAGCCCAUCUUCGAGCAGUUCGGGCGGAUCUUCGAGCUGACUGUCAUCAAGGACAAGUACACCGGGCUGCACAAGGGAUGUGCCUUCCUGACUUACUGUGCCCGCGAUUCAGCCCUGAAGGCCCAGAGCGCCCUGCACGAACAGAAGACACUUCCAGGGAUGAACAGGCCGAUCCAGGUCAAGCCAGCCGACAGCGAGAGCCGAGGAGAAGACCGGAAGCUGUUUGUGGGGAUGCUAGGGAAGCAGCAGACAGAUGAGGACGUCAGGAAGAUGUUUGAGCCUUUCGGGACCAUUGACGAGUGCACUGUACUCAGGGGCCCCGAUGGCACCAGCAAAGGCUGUGCCUUCGUGAAGUUUCAGACCCAUGCGGAGGCUCAGGCAGCCAUCAAUACCCUCCACAGCAGCCGGACCCUGCCGGGUGCUUCGUCCAGCCUGGUGGUGAAGUUUGCUGACACAGAGAAGGAACGCGGCCUCCGGCGGAUGCAGCAGGUGGCCACCCAGCUGGGCAUGUUCAGCCCCAUCGCCCUCCAGUUUGGAGCCUACAGCGCCUACACCCAGGCCCUGAUGCAGCAGCAGGCGGCCCUGGUAGCGGCCCACAGUGCCUACCUCAGCCCCAUGGCCACCAUGGCCGCCGUGCAGAUGCAGCACAUGGCUGCCAUCAACGCCAACGGGCUCAUCGCCACCCCCAUCACCCCCUCCUCAGGAACCAGCACCCCUCCUGCCAUCGCUGCCACGCCUGUCUCUGCCAUCCCUGCUGCCCUGGGUGUCAACGGCUACAGCCCGGUGCCCACCCAGCCCAGCGGGCAGCCUGCCCCUGAUGCUCUGUACCCCAAUGGGGUCCACCCCUACCCAGUGCCUGCUGCCCUCCUCAGCCCAGAGCCCCGCGGCCCCCGUGGACCCCCUGCAGCAGGCCUAUGCGGGAAUGCAGCACUACACUGCAGCCUACCCAGCGGCUUACAGCCUGGUUGCACCUGCGUUCCCACAGCCUCCAGCUCUGGUCGCCCAGCAGCCCCCACCCCCCCCCCAGCAGCAGCAGCAGCGGGAAGGCCCCGACGGCUGCAACAUCUUCAUCUACCACCUGCCCCAGGAGUUCACGGACUCGGAGAUUCUCCAGAUGUUUGUCCCCUUUGGCCAUGUCAUCUCAGCCAAAGUCUUUGUGGACCGAGCCACCAAUCAGAGCAAGUGUUUUGGCUUUGUAAGUUUCGACAAUCCGGCCAGUGCCCAGGCAGCUAUCCAGGCCAUGAACGGUUUCCAGAUCGGCAUGAAGCGCCUCAAAGUUCAGCUGAAGCGGCCUAAAGAUGCCAACCGGCCCUACUGAGGGGCCCCAGGUCUGGACGCACCAGCAGAAGGGGCCCCAGCGCCUCUCCCUUCUGGCUCAGCCCUCUCUGCACACCCGUCCCACCUAGACUGGGCUGUGGGGUCCAGCUGCUUGUUGGCUCCGGGGCAUAAGACGCCAGCUCACUCCUGCCACCCUGCCCCUCCCGAGGGCCUCUCUCUCCUCCAGGUGCCCUUUUGGCAUUUCUGAGGGAGCAAGGGACAGGUCUGAGGCCAGGGGUGCUGCCUUCUGCUAGGGCUGCCCAGCUUCGCACUUGCUCCCUGCCUGUGCCCCCACAGAGGGCAGCAGGGGCCUCCGGCCCCUUGUCCCAGCCUCUCCCCCACCUUAGGGGUUUCUCAGAGGCUGGUGUUCACACUCCCCACCACCCUCAGCUAGAGGUAGUAUCCUGGACCUUGGGCUCUUACCCGGAAAACUCACUGCCUCCCCCAAGGGCCCCCCUCUAGGGAAGAUGUGUGUUUGGGGGCCCGUGGGCUGCCUCUCCACCAGUCAGCCACAGAGACCCUCCUCCUUUCAUGAGGAAUCAACCUCCCCUGACCCCUAAAAAUGUUUACAGUCUCUGCUGGCCCCUCCGUGUACAUACCAUGACCACCCAUGCGUUACCGGUUGCCCUGCCUGGGCGCUGCACCACUUCCUUUCUGGGAGUUUAGACAAUGUUUCCCGGGGACUUUUUCUCUCUCUUGAUUUCUCCCUUUGCUUUGGGGGUAAUUGGGUGUUGGGGAGGGUGUGGGGAGGGCACAAGGGGUUUAUUACCUGAGCAUUUUCUUUAGGAAGAGGUUUUAGGGAAGAAAAAUGGGGAGGGGGAGGGAGUUUGAAGGGAAAUGGGGAGUCAGUUUCAGACACUUCUCUAUGCUUAACUUAUUUAUUUAUUGCAUUUUACUUUUCAAAAGUCGCUCUUUUCUGUCUAAAUAAAGAGAAAAAAAGUUUAAAAGCA